CCAAGUUCAGCGAACUCCCCUCACAACCUGACAUUGUAUCUUACUCGCCACUCAAGCCCGACAGAUUAUAUUCCGCGCUAAGCGACAACUGAACUCGUCUUGGAACCACUCUUCCGGGUUCGAUAUUCACGUAACUGGUACUUGGCCACCCGUCUAUCUGGUUGGCAACCAUUCGCCAUCUCGACACAACGCCAGCCUCACGGUUUCGACACAACUCGCCAGCCCAGUAACUUCAUAGGCGCAACUAUUCGGAUUUUCUUGGUCCCAACAAGGAGGGAUUGGCUUGAACCGACCCUACCGCACCUCGCUCAAGUCCGCUGCCAACUAUCGGCGCCGGCCGCGAACCCCUCCUGCACGAUUCGCAAACUCGGGCCACAGCAUCACAGACCGCCAAGAUGACCAGCGACUAUUCUUUCGUCAAGGAGCAUACUCCUGAGGGAUAUGUUUUCCCUGCGCAUCGACUCCAGCGCAUGUGCGAUCCUCGCGCACAACCGUUGGUCCUUGUCGCAUGUGGCUCAUUUUCGCCAAUUACUUUUCUGCACUUGAGAAUGUUCCCCAUGGCUAGAGACCAUGCUCGGAAUGAGGGGUUCGAGGUUGUCGCAGGAGUUCUGAGUCCUGUGUCCGAUGCAUAUGUCAAGAAAGGACUGGCCCCAGCACACCACCGUAUCGAAAUGUGCAAGCUUGCUACUGAGAACUCGUCCAAGUGGUUGAUGGUAGACCCAUGGGAAGCCGAGAGCCCGACUUAUAUUCCUACUGCCCGAGUGCUCGACCAUUUCGAUUACGAGAUCAACGAGGUCAUGGGCGGUAUUGAAUGCAGCGAUGGAACUCGAAAGCGUGCGCGAAUCGUCCUCCUGGCAGGCCUGGACCUGAUCCAGACCAUGUCAACUCCAGGUGUCUGGGGCGAGCGUGAUCUCGACCAUAUCCUUGGCAACUACGGCGUCUUUGCUCUUGAGCGUUCCGGUACAGAAAUUGACUCGGCCCUGGCAAACCUCAAGCAGUGGGAGCACAAUAUCCAUAUCAUCCGCCAGGUUGUUACAAACGAUAUUAGCAGCACUAAGGUCCGGCUGCUCCUUAAGCGCAAUAUGAGCAUUGAUUACCUAAUCCCCGACGAGGUCAUCAGCUACAUUUAUGAACACAACCUGUAUCGCGACCUCGACAAUCCCGACGCCAAGGGCAAGGGCAAGGCCGACAAGAAGGCGAUAGCUGGUUCAAGCACCGGCUGAAUCCUUUUCAAAUAGAACGACAACAUAGAUUACAGCGCCAUGCUGAACCGCUACCGGAUAAGCGAACCAUCAGCAAUCACGCACGAAUCAGCUCACGAAUCAGCUGGAUCCAGACACCAGAGCCGAGGUACAACUCAGAUUGGCUAUUCCUAGGAGUUUUGUUUGAGUCGGAGUUGGAAUCGGCGUCUUCUUUAUAGGUGUCCAUCCUUUUGAGUACAAAUGGGUACUGGAUGCGCCAAGUUUGGGGAUCUAGAGUGGUUGACUCUGGGAGGUGGAAUUUCAUCUUCCCAUCGCGCCGCUCUGAGGAGCAACAAGCGUCGGUCGAGUCAGCGAUUGGAUAGCGCACUAUUGAGCGGAGUUAAUUUC